AUGGAUCCCGAAGCCCCAACAUCUCCUGAUGAACUACUAAAGUUGUUGAAGUUGGAUGCGCCUCCUACAGAAGAGGAAAUCAUAUCUCUGAUUGAAGAUGAAUGGCUAACACCUAAGGAUAUCUUGCCACGCGAUUGGCUGGAUCGAUAUCAAUUACAUGAAUACCGUCCUUUCAAUAUCCCAUCCCUUCUGUCGCUGGCACCUUCGCCACCCACCAGCACUCUUUCAUUUGUCCGUGCUGGACUCGAUGGCAAAAUUACUGGCUACAUCGAGACGCCGCGCGCACGUAGUGAAGAAUCACCUACCACUUCAACAUCCUUGCUUCGAGCGUCUGCCCCGACGUCAACCUUUGUCCGUGGAAAAUCUGGCUACUUGCCCUUUCGACCAGGUGGCCUCGAUGAUGCAUCUAUAGGUGUAGAUGGGCUGCACAAACUAGCUAAUAGGGACACUCAUGAUUCGUACGCCACUGUUCCCCCUGGAUUCGAGAAGGGCAUGGAGUUUGAUGACCCAUCGGGGGAAUUGGACGGACGACUCCAGGUGUCCCCGGACGCCCGACAUCCCCAGUCUCUUCCCCAAUUUAUACCUAAUGUGUUUGCUAUUCGCAAGCCCGAUGCGAAGUCAUUCAGGAAGGCUGCAACGACAAAAAAGAGAGAUUGGGCUCAUGUUGUGGAUGUGAAGAGGGGCAUUCCUAAUUUCCACGAGCUUGUUCCUGACAUGGCACACAAGGCUAGCAACACUUCCGCAAAGUAUCCAUUCGAGCUUGAUAACUUCCAAAAGGAAGCCAUAUACCAUCUAGAAAUGGGAGAUUGUGUCUUCGUCGCAGCACACACCAGUGCUGGCAAGACUGUCGUUGCGGAGUAUGCUAUCGCUCUGGCAGGCAAGCAUAUGACCAGAGCUAUAUACACGUCACCCAUAAAGGCGCUUUCAAAUCAGAAAUUUCGUGACUUCAAGUCCACGUUCUCCGCAUCGACUGGAACUACCCACUCCCCAAUCGAGGUUGGAAUCCUGACAGGCGACGUGCAGAUUAACCCCGAGGCGACGUGCCUCAUUAUGACAACAGAAAUUCUUAGGUCCAUGUUGUACAAAGGUGCAGACCUAAUAAGAGAUGUCGAAUGGGUUAUCUUUGAUGAGGUCCAUUAUGUUAACGAUGCUGAGAGAGGGGUUGUCUGGGAAGAAGUAAUAAUCAUGCUUCCAGAACAUGUGAAUAUAAUUCUACUCUCAGCCACCGUCCCAAAUACAGAAGAAUUUGCAGCCUGGGUAGGGCGGACGAAACAGAAACCAAUCUACGUGAUCUCAACACCAAACAGACCUGUCCCUCUUGAACACUACCUCUAUCCACCUGGAGCGAAGGAAAUAUUCAAGAUUAUCGAUUCCAAAGGAGACUUUAACACCACAGGCUACAAGCAGGCUGGAGAAGCGAGUAAACGCAAGCAAGACAAGGAACGGGAGGCUGCUGGCUUGCCACCGGUUCAAAGGGGUGGGGCUCGAGGUGCCCGCGGAGGCGGUGGCGGGCGCGUUGCCACCGGACGCGGUGGUGGCAACCGUGGAGGAUCCAUCCAUUCUUCUGCCCGGACUGUCCACCAAGACACUCGGAAUCUUUGGAUCCACUUGGUUGGACUCCUAAAGAAGCCCUUUCAAUAUUCAACCAUCUCUGGCGCCAUGCACAUAUCCCCUUCACUUCUUCCUGCCGUGAUAUUCACUUUUUCCAAGAAGCGGUGCGAGGAGAAUGCUGCUAGCCUGAACAAUGUGGAUCUCACUAGUGGUGCCAAGGAGAAGAGCGAGGUGCAUAUAUUGUGGGAGAAGGCUCUGAACCGAUUAAAAGGGUCUGACAAGAAGCUCCCUCAGAUCGAACGUAUGAAGGAUCUGCUUUCCAGAGGCAUUGGGGUGCACCAUGGGGGGCUUCUGCCGCUCGUGAAGGAGGUAGUCGAACUAUUGUUUGCUCGGGGUUUGGUCAAGAUCUUAUUCGCGACAGAGACAUUUGCCAUGGGUGUUAACAUGCCUGCUCGUUGCGUAGUAUUCUCAGGCAUUCGCAAACAUGAUGGACGAUCAUUUCGAGAUAUUCUGCCUGGUGAAUAUACUCAGAUGUCUGGACGCGCUGGACGAAGGGGUCUCGAUGCAAAUGGUGUGGUGAUAAUCGUUACUGGUGAACAACUUCCGGAUCAAGCUACAUUGAAGACGAUGAUAACAGGGACUCCUCACAAGCUUCAGUCACAAUUUCGGCUCACGUACAACAUGAUCCUCAAUCUCCUUCGCGUUGAAACUCUCAAAGUGGAAGAGAUGAUUAAGCGUAGUUUCUCGGAGAAUGCCACUCAAAUGAUGGUCCCAAAACAUGAGAAAGAAAAAAAUGAGAAAAGUGUGAGUAACCCUGCCUCGAAGAUCCUGUCCCCUGGCCGCAUCGUAAUCCUCCGUGAAACGCGCUUCCCCGGGAACAUCGCAGUUAUACUUAGACAGGACAAAUUGAUGGACAAGGUGGAUGGGCAUCCACCUUAUGUGAUCUUGACUCUUCUGCAUAAAGAAAAGAAGAGCAAUCAUCACCGAACAGGGACUGAUGGGGAUGCUCUCCUACCUUACUGGCCACCUCGUGUCUCCUAUCUAUCGAAAGAUGAGAGCUCCUAUCAUGUCGAUAUUGUCGGUAUUUCGAGUAUUGCACUCGUGACGAAUCGAACCAUUCAGGUGGACAUAAAUGAAAUCCUAGACCGUCGCCUGCUCAGGGCUCUGAGUGCCGUCAAGGAUCAACUGUCGGAAUUGCUGGUCGAAAUUUCGGACGGUGACUAUCAGAGCCGACCUCCUGAGUGGACCUGGUCAAAGACCAGGACGUUGGACUUCCAAAUGCUUUUUCAGCAAAAGGAUGAACUGUUUGCCACGGUUCAUAUUGAAACUAUCCUCCGCACCCGAAUUAAUGAACUAAGGGAACAAAUCUCAGAUCAAAAUCUUGAGUUGUUACCGGACUACAACCAACGAAUCAACGUGCUGAAGGAUCUACAUCACAUCGAUGAAAAUUCCACUGUCCUGCUCAAAGGGCGAGUUGCAUGUGAGAUCAACUCGGCCAACGAACUUAUUCUUACGGAACUUAUCUUGGAGAAUACUUUGGCCUCGUACGAGCCGGAAGAAGUUGUGGCCCUCUUAUCUGCCUUCCUCUUUCAAGAGAAGACAGAAGCAGAACCGGAGUUGACGCCCCCACUUCAAAAAGGAAAAGAUAUUUUGACCUCCACCGCGGAGAAAAUAGCGAAAAUCCAAGACAAUUGGCAAGUUGGGGGUGCUGGUGCGCAGACUACUCUCAAGUUCGGACUUAUGGAGGUGGUCUAUAAGUGGGCCAAAGGGAUGCCCUUCGAGAACCUUACUGAGCUCACAGAUGUUCCUGAGGGUACCAUUGUACGUGUUAUCACAAGGCUGGAGGAGACAUGCCGUGAAGUGCGCGAUGCGGCUAGGGUUAUUGGGGACGCCGAGCUGUUCAGGAAAAUGGAGGAGGCCCAAAUCAAGAUCAAACGAGACAUUGUCUUUGCAGCGAGUCUGUAUUUCUAG